AUGUCUGACGAUGGUCGUGACGAAUCUGCAUCUCCGACAUCAGAAGUGGGAUCAAAACGAGUAAAAGAGAAAUCAAGUGGCAAGCCUGGCCAUAAGCAAAUCGAUUGUCGCCUCAAGGGAAAGAAGCAUUCUACACCGACGACUACUCAUAUUCGUCCGAGUCAACAGUCGACCCAGAAGGAAGCCCUCAUCUGUUUCAAGUGCGGACAGCCUGGCCACAUCGCUUCGCGCUGUGGUAGCGUCGCCCCUGUUGCCACCACCUCAUCAACGGCCGUACCUAGAGCUGAGCGUCGAGUCGACCUAUGUACGGUUGAGCCCCCAUCAGGUGCGCUGAGACAUAACGAAGAAAUUAGGCAGGUGCAUCAGAAUCGUGUUGAUUUAACGGAAGUAUCUGGUAACUGGCUUCUGGCUGAGCAACAGCGAGACCAAGACAUACAGAAAGUCAUAACUCAAUUAAAUAAUUGCGAGCUUAAGGAUGACAUCGCACAUACAUAUGAGAUUAUGUCAAACAAGAAGAAUAAUCACGGUCAGAUCAGUAUGGCUGCCAGCGCUAUCGCCAUGCGUGGUGUGAGGAUCUUCCUUAGCGCGAGCAAGUCAGCGGCCAACCGAAAAACACCACAGCGAACCAGGACAAAGGAAGUGUUACCCGGACAUAAGAUACAACCGGGAUUGUCUGAAACGCUACUGAGAGCUACAAAGUUUGAUAAGAAUGAGCUGGAAGCGUUGUUCACGAUGUAUAAGAAACUGGUGACAACUGCCCAGAACGCUGCACCCGCAAGCGUGAUUGGACAACCUGUCGCUAAAAUUGACGGAAUAGACUUGAAUACGUUCCGAGAUGUGAUGCAUAAUACUUUCGACUUGGUGACAGAAGACGUGAUCAUGGACCGUGUGUGGUUGACCUGGGAGAGAGGGGCCAAUGGAGGGGAGGGGGCCCUCAAGUUUGAGGCCUGGGCGAGGGGCCUUAGCGUCUUAUUAAGGGGCUCCGAUGAAGAAAGACGCCAACACUGUUUCUCUGUAUAUGACUUGAACGGAGACGGUUUUAUAACUAAAGAUGAAAUGUUCAUACUAUUGAAAAACUCUCUUCUGAAGCAACCAGGAGACGAAGAUCCCGACGAAGGUGUGAGGGAGUUAGUGGAGCUGGUCCUCAGGAAGAUGGACGGGGAUCACGACGGGAAACUAUCACUACAGGAUUAUAGACAAGCCGUGAAGCAAGAACCGCUUUUGUUAGAAGCAUUUGGACAAUGUCUACCUUCAAAACGACAUGCAGCUGCCUUCCUAAAGAAUUUAAACACUAAAUAA